AGGCAAUGUCUUACACUUUCGUAAUGUAACAAAAGACGACCGUGGAAUUUAUCUCUGCGAUGCGGUGAAUAGUGUUGGCAAAGGUGUACGGCACAUUGUCGACUUUCGUGUAGAAUUUGCCCCAGUCAUAACGGCUUCGAAAAUCAUGUAUACUCAUAGUGAUCCUUCGAAGCAAGACAUGGAUGUCCAAUGUCUUGUAGAAGCUUAUCCAGCUCCGAAAAUUGAUUGGCUAUAUAAUGGAGUUAUACUAAUCGGCGAUAACAACAAAAGAUUCAGAAUUAUGGAAAAGGCCACUGAACACCAGCUUACCUUUUCGUCUUUAAAUUUUCUCAAAAUUGAUUAUGAUCGAUACGGCAAGUACUCAUGUAAAGCUCGGAACACAAUCGGUACAGCUGAAGUCACAGUUAUUGAAACACCGUGCCAAAACCCAAAGUGUGAUACAAAACGCAAUCGUCCGGAGCAUAUACCCAAUUUCUAUGGUUUACCUUUUGAAUAAUUAUACUUCGCAAUAAUUAUAAUAAUAUAUAUAAUAUAAUAUAUUUACAUUAUUUUUAAUAAUAUUAAAUUUUAGAGAUAAUGAAUUCUAAUAAUGUCAAUUUAAAUGGUAUAAUUUGUAUAAUUAU